AUGACCCGCGCCGCGCGUGUUGUUAUGCAAGGCUAUCUUACAGCCUCGUUUUUCAAAGAAAUCGUCAUCGACCGCACUAUUCAGGUCGUGUCCGAAUCAGAGGAGGUUUCCGUUAGCCUUGUUACACUCACUGUCUGCUUCUCGACAGCCGUCCUUCUUCAAGCCUCCGCCAAAGCUGCUCGACAAUUCCUCAGCGAUGAUUUCCAACGCGUCCCCGCUCCCAAGGACAAUACCGCUGGGCUCAAGGCACCUUUUGCUGGAGGCAACAUUUUGGACGUUAUCUCAACAACCAAGGCUUUCGGAACACCAGCUCGGCCAUCCUCGUCGCGUGCAGUGAUUGAAUCAACCGAACCCACCUUUAAGGCUCCCACCAAAGGCUUAUCGACGACUGAUUCUGACACGACACUCAUAGCCCACGAUGAGGAGUUAGACAAGGAUGUAUUCUGCUGCGACUGUGUCUCAGACGUUGAGUCGCUUGCUGACGAAGGCACUUUCUACGAGGAUAACUGCCAGGCUACAGCACACUGCCUUGCGAACGAUGAACCGGACCACACCUUGCACGUCGGAUACGACCCACAAACUAUCGACAACCUAACCAGAAGAUUUUCAGUUAUUUCUCUCGACGAUGUACCCGCUCGUUUAUCGACCAUUUCUCUCGACAAUGUAUCCCCUCAUUUAUCAUCCACCUCUCUCGACAAUGUAUCUUCUCAUUUAUCCCCUCUUUCCCUCGACAAUGUAUCCUCCCAUUUGUCCGUUCCUCCUCUCGACGAUGUAACAUCUCAUUUAUCAACCCUUUCCCCGGACGAUGUGUCCUAUCAUUUAUCCAUUCCUUCUCUCGACAAUGUACCCUCCCAACUGUCAACUGUUGGACGACAUCACACUCUACAUGACCACACUAUUGACAUCCUACCUGAUUCAUCUCAGCACACUAUCACCAACCUACCUGUAAUUCUUCCUCUCGACAACGGUUCCCCUCAGUCAUCGAAAUGUCAACCCCAACGCACUCUAGUACACGACCACUCUAUCGACAAUCUAAUCAAAAAAAUAGCAGCUCUCUCUCUCGAUGAGGUUCCUUCUCAAUUAUCAAAACUUCGCCCGCAUUCCGCUCUACACGACCACACUAUCGAUGCGCUACCCAAUAACACAAAAGCUCUUGCUCUCGACGACAACCACACUAUCGACGCUCUACUGCAAACACCAGAAGCUCUUACUCUCGACGACGACCACGCUAUCGACAACACAGAAGCUCUUACUCUUGACGACGACCACGCUUUCGACGCUCUACCGCAAAAAUCAGAAGCUCUUACCCUCGACGACAACCACGCUAUCGACACGCUGCCCGAUAACACAGAAGCUCUGACUCUCGACGACAACCACGCUACCAAUGCUCUACUGCAAAACUCGGACGCUCUAACUACCCUUCACGACGACACUAUCUACGAUCUACUCCAAAGGAUGGAAGCGCUUACUCUCGACGAUACCCCCCUCUAUGGUCUCGGCCCUCGACACUUACGCCACGAUGCAUCUUACACGACGAUACUACCAGCACUCAUGUUAGCUGUUCUUAGCCCUCGGAAUUUCAACUACGACUCACCCUACACGAUGAUGCUAUCAACGCCAUACUUCGACAUGUGGAACCUCUUAUUCUCCACGAUAGUCCCUCACAGUCAUCAAAACUUCGACUACUAG